AUGUUGAGCUCCAUCGAACAGUCGAAACGCGCGGCAGCACGUCAAGCAGUGGACGAGCACGUCCAGAGUGGAUUUGUUGUAGGUAUUGGCAGUGGCUCCACGGUCGUAUAUGCUGCUGAACAUCUUGGAGAGCUCGUGCAGGAGCAAAAGAUUACGAACAUUACAUGUAUCCCCACAUCCUUUCAAGCUAAGCAGCUCAUUGCCCAGCACAAGCUCAUGCUGACUAGUCUGGACGAAAAUCCUGUCAUCGAUGUGACUAUCGAUGGUGCUGAUGAGGUGGACUUGCACCUCAACUGUAUCAAGGGAGGCGGUGGAUGUCAGCUGCAGGAAAAGAUUGUAGCCUUUGCAGCCAAAAAAUUUAUAGUCAUUGCUGACUACCGCAAAGAGUCGAAGAAGCUUGGUGAGCAGUGGGUCCAGGGUGUGCCUGUUGAGGUCGUCCCGAUGGCAUAUGUGCCACUCAUGUACAAGAUAGAACAGGACUUUAGUGGCAAGCCAGUGCUGCGCAUGGCCAAAUGCAAGGCUGGUCCUGUGGUGACAGACAACGGAAAUUUUGUGCUUGAUGUGAAUUUCGGAGAGAUCAGCGAUCCAAAGACGCUCUGCAAUCAUCUCAAGCUUCUUCCUGGUGUAGUCGAGGUCGGUCUCUUCUGUGGUAUGGCUCAGAAAGCCUACUUUGGACAGACAGAUGGCUCGAUCACGACACGCGUAGCGGAGACGUCUGCUUGA